AGCACUAAAGCACAUGCUAGUGUUUGGGCUGUUUGCGUUGCUGCUGUCAGCCCUCGCUGCCAAUCCCAUUCUGGGUCAGUGAGUUUGUGUGGCUGCGCGCUGCCCCUUCUCGCUCAGACUCUGAGAUUCCCGACGUGACUCGCACUAUAUUGCGAACACCGGACCGACCACCAGACAACAUGGCCUCUGGCGUCACAGUCAGUGAUGAAGUCAUUAAGGUUUUCAAUGAAAUGAAAGUAAGAAAAUCUUCAACAUCAGACGAAGUCAAAAGGAGAAAGAAAGCUGUGUUGUUCUGCCUCAGUGAUGACAAGAAAAAAAUUAUUGUUGAGGCAGGGAAGGAAAUCUUGGUGGGUGACGUCGGUGAAUCUGUGGAUGACCCUUAUGCUUCCUUUGUGAAGUUGUUGCCUCUGAAUGACUGCCGAUAUGGCUUGUAUGAUGCCACUUAUGAGACAAAAGAAUCCAAGAAAGAAGAUUUGGUAUUUAUAUUCUGGGCCCCUGAAGGUGCCCCGCUAAAAAGCAAGAUGAUCUAUGCUAGCUCAAAAGAUGCCAUCAAAAAGAAGUUUACAGGUAUUAAACACGAGUGGCAAGUUAACGGUUUAGAUGACAUUCAGGAUCGUUCUACUCUUGCAGAUAAAUUAGGAGGAAACGUGGUAGUUUCACUUGAAGGAAGACCCUUGUAAACUGACAGACACGUGCCAUCUGGAUCCAAGGAGCUUCCUUUUUUUGCAGCAUUGUUAAUAUCAUUUGGUCCUAUUGGAAUAAUUCUUUAGUUGUUGGGGUUUUUUUUGUGUGUUGGUCGUCUGUCCCGUACCCCCUCUACAUGAAGGAAAUCUCAGUAACUACCAGUCAUUACAAUUUAGACUGUUAUUAUUGAUAGUUUUAUAAUUGUAGAAAAUGUGGCAAUUUAUAUUGGCUAGCUUAAAACACUUGAGUAAGUUUUUUUUUAAUGCAUUGAGAGUCUUUUCAUUUGCUCAGAAGGUAGCUAUUUUUCACUAUUGACUGUUGCACUUGGAUUUUUGAUGAGGUUCACAUGCAUUCAUAAAACUCCCCUGCCUCAGUAGCCUGGGUUUGUGAAAUGGUAGCUCAUAUUUUACACUAUGCAUCAAAGGCACUUUUUUGUAAAAUUAUAUUUUAUUUAGCCACCUCACAAAGGAAUGCCAAUUGAGUUUCUGCAUUUGUCAUCUAGGGAUUUUAUUACCUCAGUUUUUAUUCCUGUUAUGCAUAUUUAAAAAAAAAAAAAAAAAAGCUAUUCUGUUGCCUUUUUUGUUAUAUGUACACUACUGAAUAAGAAGGGUGGGGUCAAAGUUUACUGUGAUUUUUGCAGCACGGAGGACAUAUAAAAUAGUAACAAUGGCAAUUUAUGUAUAAAUAGAGCCUUAAGUGGAACAUUGUUUUUGAGAUCAGAAAAGUGGCCACUUUGCAAUAAACCUUGAGGCUGAUAACAGGAA